AGGGGGGGCCAAACAGCUGGCCACGGUCCGCGGCCGGAAUCGGGACGGAACUGCGCGAAAAGAAGAAUGCUGCGUGCGGUGGGCGCGGCGCUGCGAGGAAUCGCAGCGAGGGUGACGAGUACGAGUACAGCGAGUUGCAUUGCUCCAAGAUGCAAUCCUGUUUUGAACUCCGUGCAGCACAGAGGGUUCGGGGCGCUGUCGAUCGCUGUCCAGAAAUGGGCUGUUGGACUUACGCAACAAAAGUCAUUACUAAACCAUGCGGCGACGGAAAAUCGUCUAGCUUUGCCGGCGGGACCUAUUAACGUGCCAGCGCGAACGGUAAUCAAGUUCUCUAUGACCAAAGGGAAGCGGCGGACCGUCAAGACGGUGUUAGACCGUUUCUACCGAUUGCACUGGGGUAUCUGGAUCAGAACAAUGGCGGGCCGCCAUAACAAGCUGUGGACGAAAUCGUCCGCCAGGAAGAAGAGGCUACGGCGGCAUGUUUUCUGCAACGCCACGCAGUCGACGAUGCUGGACAAGAUGACGUCCAAGUACUGGCGCAGACGGCACUAUUACGUCGACGACCCGUACGAGCCGUAUCACAAUCGCGAGGAGUUCGCGAUCACCCGGAAGAAACCGUUACCUUAAUCCCUGUCAGACUGUUAAUUGCUAGGUUGUAAGCUUUCGAUUUAAGGGGUAUUAAAGAUCAUGUUGUCAAAG